AUGAUAUAUGAAAUAAGACAUGAGAGGAAAAAGAGUGAGAAUAGUAAUGCAAUAAAGUUAAAAUAGCGGUAGAGUGAGGAAGUUUAAGUGAUUAACUAAAUUAAUUAAUCUGAUAGAUUGAAUUCAAUCCAUUCUCAAUUGAAGCAAUCUAUAAAUAUCUCAGACAAGAGUAGUUAUCUGGGACUUGAAAAUCGAUUACUCCCAUAAGAUAGUAUAUCUGAUCAAGAACACUUAUAGAAAAGACACUCUUAAGAAGGAUUUCAAAAUAAAUUUGACAAUGAACAACCCAUUCCUCUGAUUUAAUUAAUUGAACAUGAUGCAAGAGAUCGUUGCAAAGUGGAUAUAGUGAAACAAAUGAAAUGUUAGGGUGAUCUGAGUGAAUUUUAAAGAAAAGCUGAAGUUGAACCAGAUUUUUUGGAUGUUGAUUAAGACAUUAUUCAUAAGCAUGUAAAACAUUCUCAAAGAAAUUACAGAACUGACCCAUAUUAUGUUAAGUUAGUUGAGCUACACGGAUACCAGAGAAUCAAACACGAACUGGAAGUAGUCCUCUUUAUUUACAUAUAUAUAGCAUUACCAUGAUCCUUACCCUUUGCUUCAAGUGAGAAAGAUAAUAGUGUACAUGUCUUUUUUGAUUCCGAUCUUGGCAAAGACUAUAGUAAACUCGAUUGGAUUUCAAAUUUUAAUGACUAUCCUUAUACUCUUUAAUAUUGUUCUGUACAUUAUUGUGAAGACUGAACACAGAGAAGACACAGAUCAGAUAGAAUAAAUAAUUACAAUCCUCUUUUUUACAGAAAUUGGAUUGAGAAUCAUCUCAUAAGGUUUCUUAUUAUCAAAGAAUGCUUAUUUCGUCAACUUUUCUAAUGUUUUUGAUUUUUCGAUUGUACUCUUAUCAGCACUUAAUUUAUAUCGUCCUGAUAUAGUGAUAAUAGAUUUAUCACCAUUGAGAAUAAUAACUCUGCUUCAGUAUCUUGGAGACAUAUUUGAUGGGUUGAGAGUUAUGCUUACUGCUUUAAGGUAAUCAAUCAAAUACAUUUUGGAGGCCUUGGCCAUUGUGGGACUAUUCUCCCUAUUCUUUGCCUUGGCUGGACUCUAUUUAUUUUAAGGAUUAUUCAAUUAUAGAUGCAUACCAAUAAAUCCAGAUGAAGAUGCAGGAGAUGUUUGGAUUUAAUGUAAUGUUGAUUAAUGUCCUGAUGAAAUGAUUUGCUCAUUUGUUGCUAAUACUGUGAAGGUUCCAACUUCAUUCAAUAACAUUAUUUAUUCAUAUGGAUAAAUUCUCAGAACCAUCACAAUGGAUGAUUGGAGUUGGGUGAUGUUUUUUACAAUUCGCAUAUUUAGUCCUUGGGUUUGGAUUUACUAUUUAUUAAUUAUUUUUGUGGGUGGCUUUUUUGGUUUCAAUUUGGUUAUUGCUGUACUUAAAACACAUUAUGCUGAAGCUGCUGAAGAGUUUUUCCAUGAAUAGGAGUAGUAAGAAAUCAAUAAACAGUUAUUAGAAUCACAAAACUGUAAUGAAAUAUAAAUCAGAGACACUUCUAAUAUUUUUGAUGUUGCUUUACUUAAAAACAUUGGAUUUCAUAAAACCUUUUAACAAUACUAUAAACUAUUAAACUCUUCUAAAAACAUAUCUUCAUAUAAAUUGGAGGAUUUCUAAUCAAAAAACUCUACUUAACCACGUCUAUUGUCUGCGAAGCAAAGAAAUGUUAAUGAUAACAAUGUAAUUUCUUGUUCUUUAUUACUUCUAGAUGAAUUUCAUCCAGUCACUUUUGUAGAGAUUGAGAGGACUGACAUUCAAACAUAUGCUUCUAACCAAGUUCUCUAAGCUUAGAAAAUAAUAAGAAUUGAUUAAUCUCAAAAACUACACUGAUGAUGAAGAUUAUCUCAAAAUCCUGGAAGAUUUAAUGAAAUUUGACUUUGCCUAACUUUCAAAAUAAUUAAAUCCAAAUCAACAUCAAAAAUAUACCAGUCUUGAAGAUGUUAUGCCUUCCUUUUUGUAUUAUUAUUCUUUUAUUUAGAAAUAUAUAAAAUGUGAAAAAGCACAUUGAUGAUAAAGUUAUCGAUUUCAGUAAAUACACAUUCUCAUUUUAAUAUGCAAUACCUUAAUCGAAUUCAUUGCAUGAUUAAAUAUUUAAAUCUAAUAAUAUAUCGAACAGUUUCAAAUAUCCUAUUAAAAAGUCAUUUCGAGCAUAAAGACACAUAAUAAAAGAAAAUUGUUCUUAAGACUCAGUCACAACAAGAAAACCAUGUAUAAGAACUGAAAAAAAAAAUUAUAAAGGUUUUACAAAACAUAUGGUUAAAUCUAAACAUAAUGUUUAAUUUGCUAUUAAAAAAGGUGAUGUUGUAACCUUUUUAUUUAUAUAAGGGUAUUAUUUAAAUUACGAAAAAAUUUUAUACAAAUUAAAAUAAAAAAUUGAAAAAGAGAAAAUUAAAUAAUAAUGUCUAGAAUAAGAAUAUAAAAAUAUUAGAAUUAAAGACAUUAAAAAUAAAAUAAUUUCUGAUCUAAAUUGGUCAGGAAAUGAUGUUAUUGAAUCCAAUUAUUUAAGUAUUAAUUUUAGAAGUACAUUGAUUGCUAUGAAUAAAGUUGAUCAUGUAAUUUGGGUUAGGGGAAUAAUUGGAAAAAUUUUAAUUCUUAGGAAGUAUUUAAGCAGGAUGGUUUCCAGUAAAAUAACUGAAAUUGCUUUAGAUUUAUUAAUUUUUAUCAACUUUACUUUUUUAUCACUUUAUGGAAUAGUUGAUGCUUCAAUAAUUUCCUAAGUUGAAGAUAUUACUACUAUUCUUUUAUCAAUUGAAACCUUCUUAAGAUAUUGUAGUUUUUCAUUUAAAGAAUUAUCUAAUAGUAAUGAGAGUAUCAUGUAAACUAUGAUAGUUGUACUGAAUUUCAUUGAAUUUACAAUGAGUGAUUAUAUGACUAAUCUAACUGAAUAAAACUUAAGAUUAAUAAGGGGAACUAAAUGCAUUUUAUUUUAUCGAUGUUUAAAAUACAAUAGCAUGGCAGUAACAAUAGGUCACAUAGCAUCUAAAACAUUUAAACAAUAUAUUUAUUUAACAUUUUUAAUGUUCAUUGUAAUAUUCUUAUACGCCUUGGUUGGUAUGGAAGUUUAUGCAGGUAGAUUUGAUUAAAAUGAUGUCUUAGGAUAACUACAUUCUUAUAAUAAUGUUUUAAAAUCAUUUAUGACAGUGUUCAAUAUAAUGACAAAUGAUGAUUGGUAUGGAGUAUUUGUUUUGGGAACAAGUAUAAAUGAAACUUUUGCAGUAGUUUAUUCAUAUUCUAUGGUAAUUGUCUUGAAUUAUUUAACAUAUGGUUUGGUAUUGGCUAUUCUUUUGGAUGGAUUUGGUAAAUAUUUGGAUCGUUAAAUCUUUUCUGAAAUGGAAGAGAAUGAAACUCCAAAAUUAAUUGUCUAAAAUACAGAAUAAUUAGAAACUUAACAUACUCAACAAUUUUCAGAAAUAAAUAAUAUGAGAUCAAUAUAAAAUGUUACAUUUCCAAAAACCAAUAGUAAAUAAAAGAUUGCAUUAAUUUAACAUUUAAUAAAUUCAAUUAGAUAGAUCUAUUAAAAAAUACAAGAUGAGAAUCCAGAACUCUACAAUGGAGUAAAUUGUGAAUAAUCCUUAUUUUGUUUUGAUAAAACAAAUCCUUUAAGAAAAUUAUGUAUGCUUGUUGCCAGAUCUAAAUUAUAUAUCUUAAUUAAUGAUUUAUCCCUUGUAUCUUCAAUUGUUAUUUUUAUCAUACAAACUUACAACGAUUAUGAAGAGGAUAAAGAAACCUAUCCAUAAGUAGCACAAUUUUACAUCAAUCUAAUUUUGGCUGUUGAUUAUGCUAUUAAUGUUAUUGCUAAAGGAUUGUUUAUAGAUAAUGGAGCUUAUUUUAAUUCAAUUUGGCAAAUUGUUGAUGUAAUCUAUAUAAUUGCCUUCUUCAUAUAAUAUGAAAAGGAUGAUUAUAUUAAACCUAUAUUUUAGAUCUUUUUAUAUGUGGGAUAUUUUAGACCUUUUAAUUUAUUAAAUAGAAUUACUAUCUUGAAUGUCUUAAGUUCUGCACUUUAUAAAUCAUUAGUUGAUAUAUUGAAUGUAUUAUUAACUCUGUUUUCAGUUUGGAUCAUCUUUGGAGUUUAUGGAAUAAUAUUAUAUGAGAGACAAUUUGGGUUUUGUGAAGACAAAAUGCAAUUCCGUGUUAGUUAUUAAGAAUGCAUAGAGUAAAAUAGAACUUGGGUAAAUUUCAAACACAAUUUUGAUAAUAUUACUAUGGCUAUUCCUACAUUAUUUACAGUUUCAACAUUUGAUGGAUGGGGAGAAAUGUUAUAGAUUGCUGAAAAUAGUGAUAGCUCUAAUGUUGGGCCAGUUCCAUUUAAUAGUUACAUUCAUACUUAUGUGUUUUUCAUUUCAUUUUGCUUUGUUGGUUCUAUGUUCUUUUUAAGUUUAUUUACAGGAGUACUCUUUUCGAAUUUAAAACUUAAUCAAAGAAAAAUUGAAAAAAAGGACUUCAAUCAAAAUUAAAAAGAAUUCAUUGAAAUAUCUGAUAUAAUUACUAAAGAUAUUCCAGUAUUCUCUACACCACCUGAUAAUGUCAUUCGUCGAUUUGCUUCUAUUAUUAUGAAUGAUAAUAUUAUGCAGACAAUCUUCUUUAUUAUUUUACUUCUUGAUUUGGUUAAUAACAUACUAUUUCAUUCAGAUAUGAGUACAAAACAUUUGAUUAUAAUCAAUUACAUUCAUCAUGGUUUUUCUAUUGUAAUAACCAUAUGGGGAUUAAUUCAAUAUCUGGCUUUAGGAUUGUUUAGAUUUUUUGAUAAUUAUUGGAGACAAUUCCUGUUUAUUUUGAUUAUAAUUGCAAUAGCAGAUCUAGUAGCUGAUUUUGAAUUUGCAUGGGUUGAAAUUUACUUCUAUUCCAGUCCUUUAACACCAUAUUAUAGACUAUAUCGAAUAUGCUUUAUGCUCAGAAGUUUUAGAUUAAUACUCAUCUUUUAAGGUUUGAUAAAUAUCUAAAGAUUGAUGAGAGUAAUGGUUUAUGCCUUACCAUUUUUAGCAAAAAUAUUUUUUAUUUUGAUUGACACAAUGCUUGUUUUUGCUUUAUUUGGAUGUCAAUUAUAUGGUUAAAUAGAUUCAGGAUAAGUUAUGGAUGAAUAAAUCAAUUUUCAUAACAUUGCAUAGGCUAUGCUUACUUUAUUUAAAUGUGCUUCAGGAGAUGAUUGGAGAACCAUUAUGACUGAUACUAUGCAUCAUAAUCCUAAUUGUACAAGUGAUUCCUUGUAUUGUGGAUCAACCUAUAGUCAAAUUUAUUUCUUUCUGUUUAUGUUACUAUCUAAUUAUGUGUUUCUAAAUUUAUUUGUACUAGGAUUAAUAGAAUAAUUUGAAUCCUUUUUUUAAGUAUAGAAUUCAAUUAUUUAAACAUAUGUUGAAAAUGAGGAUAGGAUUAAAACAAUUUGGUGUAAGUAUUCACCUGAAACACAAGGAAAAGCAAUGCACUACAAAUUCUUAUGUAGAUUUCUAAUGGAUUUAGGUGCACCUUUAGGGAGAGGGAAAGAAGAGAAUCUUUGGGAUGCUGCAAAAUAAGCUUCUGCUUUUAAAUUGAAAUGGUAUUUCUCAUCCAUAUUUUAGUGAUCAUCGAGGGUACAUUUAAUAUAAUUAAUUGAUUUAUGAAUUAUUUAGAACUUGUUUUCAAGAUAAUGUUUUUAAGACAGGAAGCAAAAAUGGAAUCAAAUAAAUCAAACAAUAUAACAAAGAAAUGCAAAUGAAAUUGAUGAAUUAUAGAAGAAAUCUUUUUAUCAAACGAGCUAAUAUUUGUUUGGUUGAUUUGAGAACAAACUUCAAUAUAUUACAUGAUUAUUUAAAUGUUCUAAUUGCAUUCAAGGCUUGGGAGUCUCAUUCAAAAAAAUUAAUUAGAAGAGUGAACUUUAAAAAUAGGGAAUAUACAGAAAAUAUGGACUCUUCAAAAGAUGAAUAGAAUAAUGAUGAGUAACCAAUUUUUCAUCUAAAUUAGGUUACAAUAGAGUGAGAAUUCUAUUUUAAAUGAUAUAAACCAGCUUAGAGGGUCUAUAUAGAUUAGCGACACAGAUAGAUUUUAACCUAUGAUUACUGAUGAAAAUUAAACAAAGCAUCUUCUUACUAGUUUGAGUUAAGAAUCUAUGUAGGCUCCUGAAUUACCAUGUUAUAAUCACUAAUUGCCAUAAUUUUCAAGGAAUCUAUUUAUAUACUAGCCAAAAAGAAGUUGA